UGCAGACGCUUGUGUUUGGGUUGGCUUAUGGCCUUAUGCAUGAACAACAUAAACACAAUAAAGGGCAAAAGGAGCGUAAUCAAUAUUUCCUGUUAGUUAAUUUAGAUAAUUUGAAUACAAAUGGCUGUUGUUAUAGAAACAACAAUAGGUGAUUUUACCGUGGAUUUAUUUACUGACCAACGUCCACAAACUUGUCGGAACUUUCUGAAACUAUGCAAAAUCAAGUAUUACAACUGGAAUUUAUUCCACUCAGUUCAAAGCAAUUUCAUAGCGCAAACAGGAGAUCCCACAUCCACGGGAAAAGGAGGAGAAAGCAUUUAUGGACAAGUUUUGGGUGAAAAGGCACGAUAUUACGAAGCCGAACAAAUGCCAAAAAUUAAGCAUGACCGAGCUGGUCUAUUGUCAAUGGUUGACUGUGGAAACAACAUGUUGGGAUCUCAAUUUUUCAUCACUCUAGCACCCAGCCUGCAGUCACUGGAUGGACAGCAUUGCGUUUUCGGCGAAAUUUCGGAAGGACUAGAGAUCAUUUUAAAAUUGAAUGAAGCAAUUUGCGAUGACAGCGAUAGGCCUUAUCAAGACAUACGAAUUUCACAUACGGUUAUUUUAGAGGAUCCGUAUGAUGAUCCAAAAGGUCUUGUAAUACCAGACAGAAGCCCAGAACCUACACAGGAAGUUUUGACGAGUGAUCGGAUAGGUGCAGAUGAGGUAAUUGACGACAUGGAAGGCAUGACUGCAGAAGAGAUCAAAGAAAUGCAAAAAGAGAAAGAAGCAAAGGCGCGAGCAACGAUAUUGGAAAUUGUCGGUGAUAUACCGGAUGCUGAUAUGGCCCCACCGGAAAAUGUUCUAUUUGUCUGUAAACUAAAUCCCGUUACUAAUGAUGACGACUUGGAAAUUAUUUUUAGUCGGUUUGGAAAAAUUGUUGGAUGCGAAGUAAUCAGAGACCGACAAACUGGCGAUUCUCUGCAGUAUGCUUUCAUUGAAUUUGCAGACCGCAAGAGUUGUGAAGAGGCUUAUUUGAAAAUGGGCAAUGUUUUGAUAGACGAUCGACGAAUUCACGUCGACUUUUCUCAGUCAGUUGCUAAGAUGCGUUGGCGCGGAAAAGGGAAAGGCAUCCAGUAUUUCAAUGAAAACAGCAAAGAAAGACGCAACAAAAAAGAGCAAGUCAGUUCUGAUGAAGAGUCCUCUUCCAAAGACCGGAGAAGACCUCACUCUCGAAAGGAAAGGAAAAAUUCAAAGAGUCGUGAAGCCAGACCGGAAAAACGAGGUGGAUCGUACGACAGAAGUCGGAGAAAUUCCAAAUCUGAAAGUCGAUCGACGAAAAGUCGAAGGGAACGGAAAAAACGAAGCAGAAGUAGGAGCAGGAGCAAGGAGAGGCGAAAUAGGUAUGAUGAUAAAGUUCGAAAAGAUAGAGAUAGGGAUUCUGAUUCUUAUAGAACAGAAAAAAAGAGGAGAAAUCGAGAUUUCGCCGAUUCGGAACGCUCCCAUAGUGAUAGAAGAAAAUAUUAUAAAGAUAAAUCACAUUCUCGAAAAUCUUAACCGUGUUUAAGUACUUGAAUUAAUGUAAAUAAGUUAUUUUUAACAGUAAUGCAUUAAAGAAAACCUGACUUUUUAU